GGCAACGAGGACAAUAUAUACUGCGCAGAGUGUUGAAAUUGCUAGAAUUUUGGGGUUCAAAACUUGGUGCAAGGUUUCCAUUGAGUCCCACUGUGUCCAAAACAAACCAACUAUAUUAAGCUCAAGUGACACACCCAACUGGCCAACAACCUGUAGCGUGAUGCUACGCCCAUGUGGUCGCGCGUCUCGUAGAACCUUGACCUCAAUCAACCAUCCGGUUUCUCCCAGCCUCAACCUGCAAACGAACAAUCUUCUCGGCGAAGUAAGGGCCCUGGCCACGCGCGGCCAACUCAACGAAGCGCUCUCACUCUUCUACACUCUUCAACCGCCACCAACUCAAACUCACUGCAACCAAACUUACGCCACUCUCUUCCACGCAUGCGCUCGCCACCACUCCCUCCAACAAGGCCUCUCUCUGCACAAUUACAUGCUUGCCCACAACCCCAUUACUCCUCAUCCCGACCUCUUUGUCUCCAACCACCUCAUCAACAUGUACGCCAAAUUUGGCUACUUAGACCAUGCCCGCCAGCUGUUCGAUGAAAUGCCUAGAAGAAACCUCGUCACCUGGACCGCUCUCAUUUCCGGGUACGCACAGCGGGGUCGAGCUGACAAUUGUUUUCGUUUAUUUGCUGCCAUGUUGGUGCAUUACCUCCCGAAUGAGUUUGCAUUUGCCAGCGUGCUUAGUUCGUGUGCCGAUAGUGAUGGUGGACAUGGCCGGCAGGUACACGCCCUCGCUUUGAAAAUGUCUUUGGAUGCUUGCCUUUACGUUGCGAAUGCUCUCAUUACUAUGUAUAGCAAGGUGUGUGAUCAUGGAGGUGUGUUUGAUGUUAGUAGAGACGAGGCAUGGAAGGUGUUUACAAGCAUGGAAUCCCGGAAUCUUAUAUCCCGGAAUUCCAUGAUUGCAGGGUUUCAGUGUCGUCGACUUGGAGCUCAAGCUAUCGAUCUGUUUGUACAAAUGCACGUUGAUGGACUUGACUUUGACCGUGCCACACUUCUCAGCGUCUUAUCUUCCUUGAAUGGAGUAAAUGGCAUUGAUGAUAUAGUGGUCACUAAGUUUUGUUAUCAACUGCAUUGUCUGGUUAUCAAAACCGGGUUUAUAUUAGGAAUUGAGGUGGUCACUGCACUAGUUAAAGCUUAUUCAGAUCUUGGAGGGGAUGUUGCUGACUGUUGCAGGCUUUUCUCUGAGACAAGCUGUCAUCGGGAUAUUGUAGCGUGGACAGGCAUUAUGACAAUAUUUUCCGAGCGGGACCCUGAAGAAGCACUCUUCCUUUUUCGUCAAUUACACAGGGAGAAUUUAGCUCCAGACAGGUAUACCUUCUCAAUUGUUUUAAAAGCCUAUGCAAGCCUUGCAACCGAGCGCCAUGCCUCGGCGGUUCAUUCUCAAGUUAUUAAAGGUGGGUUUGGGGGUGACACAGUCCUUGCAAACGCCUUGAUCCAUGCCUAUGCUCGGGGUGGCUCCAUUUCCUUGUCUAAGCAAGUUUUUGAUGGAAUUGAGUUUCGUGAUAUUGUUUCGUGGAACACAAUGCUCAAGGCUUAUGCCUUGUAUGGACAAGCUGCAGAGGCACUGCAGCUUUUUUCACAAAUGGACAUUAAACCUGAUUCUGCUACCUUUGUUUCUCUCCUCUGUGCUUGUAGCCAUGCUGGACUGGUAGAAGAGGGAACCAGAAUCUUUGACUCCAUGCUUGAGAGAUAUGGAAUUGUACCUCUAUGUGAUCAUUAUGCAUGCAUGGUUGACAUUCUUGGUCGAGCGGGACGAGUUGGUGAGGCUGAGAAGCUUGUGAGUAGAAUGCCAAUGGAGCCCGAUUCCGUAGUUUGGAGUGCGCUCCUUGGAUCAUGUAGGAAGCAUGGAAAUACACAGUUGGCCAAGUUAGCAGCUGACAGACUGAAGGAGUUGGCUCCAGAGGGUUCAUUAGUUUAUGUACAAAUGUCAAACAUAUACAGCUCUGAUGGAAACUUUGGUGAAGCGGGCCUAAUUAGGAAGGAAAUGAAAGGGUCUCGAGUGAAGAAGGAACCUGGAUUAAGCUGGGUUGAGAUCGGAAAUCAGGUGCAUGAGUUCUCCUCUGGAGGCCGACGCCAUCCAGAAAGGAAUCUUAUAAGCAGAAAACUAAAAGAACUGAUUGGACGGUUAAGGGAAAUUGGUUAUGUUCCAGAUACAAGCUCAUCCUUGCAUGAUGUGGAAGAGGAGCACAAAGAGGAGCAAUUGUACCAUCAUAGUGAGAAGCUAGCUUUAGUGUUUGCCAUUAUGAAUGAAAGCAGUUUACAUUGCGGUAGGGCUGGUAUAAAAAUAAUGAAGAAUAUCAGAGUAUGCGUCGAUUGCCAUAACUUCAUGAAGUUAGCAUCAAAUCUACUUCAAAAGGAUAUUGUUGUGAGAGACUCAAACCGUUUCCACCACUUUAAAGAUGGCAUAUGUUCUUGCAAUGAUUACUGGUAAGCAGUAACAAAGGCUUAUACCUUGCCAAGAUGCCAUGAAUAAGUACGAGUAGAUUAUCAGGCCUCUCAUAUGCAUUUGCACCUCUGGAGGAGGAGGAGGAUGCAGAACUUCCCUGGCUGGUACUCAUAGCGUGAGCUCUAAGGCCUUUGUUUCUCCAAAUAUUAUAUGCGCCUGAAAUUAAGAAAAAGCAUGAGAAUUGGAUCAUACUACAUCACCGAAUAUGAUGAUGAGGAAGAUGGUGAUGAGCCUAGAGCUCCUCCUUACGAGGCUAGAAAGACUGUUGUAGAGUAGAUUUUGAGCAGUAAACUACCAGAAAACGGUUGGUAGCCCUCUUUGAUGUCAAAUAUUUAUCUGUUACGUGCACAAUAAAAGCCAAAGUAGCUCAUCUUGCUUGAAAUUUUAUCAUAAUCCAAGCAACUAGUGUUCAAAGGCCAUUAUUACUUAACUUUCCGAUUUGUUUCAAAGUAAUCAAGUUAAUCCAAUGUUUAGAUUUGAAGCCCAGCUAUUGCAUUGCUUGUAUUUUGGAAUGCCCAAGUAGAAUAAGGAAGAGACUGUACAAAUGGUGGCCCUCUGUGACUUAUUUCGAAGUUCCAUCACUUGGUGCAAGCAGCAGAAGGUGGUACUGAUAUGUAUAGUAGCAGAAACCAUUACGGUUAAUUGAGAAAGCUUACUCAUCAGAUCAUGCUUCGGGACAAGGGACUGACCUUGGUGUAGGUACCCUUAAAUUUCUUGGUAGAUAAUAUGUGUGUGCAUGUGCGUGGUAUUAAGAAAGUAUGAAUGAGUUGGAAUUGAGUAAUGAUAUAUCAUUUGUUAAAAUGUUUUCUACCUUGCCCUUUGAAUCUAGCAGUUCUUACAAAGCAAAGGACUAGACUUUCGAUUUUGCGUUGUCUUUUUCAUGAGGUUUUGUAUAUAAUCCAAUGUUCUGUGAGAUAACUUUCCUACCGACUGAAUCGCUUGAAUUAGUUGAAGGAAACGAGCCCACUGGAGAGGAGAGUUUUUACUGCGAGGGGCGCGUCUGAUGGUAUCGUAUAUAAGAUCACGGCUGCAUUUAGGAGUGAUCUUUCCCUCUUCAACAAGCCGGUGGCUUCUGCUCCUCUUUCUUUCUAGCGCACUGCAGUACAGAGAAAAAAAGGAAAGAAAAAAGGGCUAUGGAAUUCGGGUAAUGAAUUAAUGGUCAUGCUGGUGUGUCAGAUGCCAGAAAUGGAUGGAUUUGAAGCAACAAGGCAGAUGAGGAAAGUGGAGAAAUCUUACCAUGUUUGCAUUCCGAUCAUUGCAUUCACAGCUCAUACACCAGGCGAGGAAAGAAGAAGGAUGUUCGAGGCUGGCAUGGAUGACUAUUUAAGCAAACCCUUGGGAAAGGAUCGUCUAGCUACUCUAAACAAUGGGUAGACUGGUAAGGAAGUAAUAAAACGCUGCAGUAAGCUGCAAUCAUGAUUGUCAGAUAACAAAAGAAAAGAAAAACAAGAUAACAAACAGAGCUUUUCAUUUAAGUGAUAAUUCUGUAUCUAGUGUCUUCGUAUAUUGAAGCUU